UAAAUGUGGUUCUUCUUGAUCACUCUGUUCUACUUGAUUCCCUCUAUGAUACUGUACCUCAUCACUGUUUAUGUAAUAAUAAAACAUUGGAAAAAGUUCAAAUCAUCUUUUUUUGUCUGGUAUUUGCUUGAUUUUUUGAUGAAUACUUUAACAACAGGCAUCACAUUUUAUACACUUAAACUUUCAUCUGUGACGUGUCAGACAUGUGCAUUGUCAUCGAUAUACUUGAUGCUUGAAAAUAAUUUCACUUUAAACAUAAUGUAUUCCUUGAUGUACAACAUGUCAUAUGUACAAUAUGCUAUUACUUCCAUCAUCUCAAUUAAUCGUCUUUCGAUCAUUUGGAAUCACUUUUUAUUUGAACGACUUUGGAUCAAAUACUCAUUUAUUUUGAUAUUCGCUAUUAAUCUGCUCCCAUUUAUCAACACUAGUCAGCUUUUCUACAGUACAUGCCAAUUUGGAAAUAGAUCUGAUGAUACGUUUGUUCUUAGAUGUGACUUACCCACAAACUUAUUGUUCACCCCACUGAUCUAUUUUCAAGGAGUAUGUACUCUAUGUUCUCUUAUUUGUAACAUCAAAAGUUGCUCCAUUGUCUGGAAGGCUUCAAUUGAGAUGAAGGCAAACAUGGAAGCCAAUUUUCUAAUUCUCAUUACUGUAACUUCGGCUGUGCAAACUCUUGGAGCCUUUAUAACAUUUGUUCUGAAUGAAUAUCCGAAUUCUCCGAUGUACAGCACUUUUCACACCUAUGUCCUUCCGAUCAUCAGUGAUUUAUUCACUGUCAUGCAACCAUGGCUUCUUGUUGCUCUCUGUGAACCGAUCAGAACCCGAAUUCGGAAAAUAUUCGGAUUAGGGUCUGCAGUCGUUGACGUAGCGCCACACAAUUCCCGUGUGGGACCGACUCAACAGCAAAAUGAUGUAUCAGACUCAAGAGCCAGCAUUAGAUUUUGAUUGAUAAUCAAGUAAUAAUAAUAAUUGUUUAUUUUUUUGAAUUAUUAAUUUAUUCUAUAGAUAAAUUGAGAAAAUA